AUGCUCCUGCGUCCGACUUCAGCAAUGGCCCUAAAAACAUAUCUGCUGGCGCUACUCGCACCCGUCUUGGGGUACACCGUUCGCCCGACUCCAGGCUCGUUCACCGUUGACCUGGGUUAUUCCAGGUAUCAGGGUGUGAGUGUUUCAGAUGGGGUAGUUCAGUAUCUCGGCAUGCGAUAUGCCGCACCACCAGUUGGGGAUCUCCGCUUUCGAGCUCCCCAAGAUCCGCCCCGAACUGGGACGGUCCAGGAGGCGUCCGCUCACGGCCCAAUCUGCAUCGGUGCAGGCCAAACCAUUUCAGAGGGCAUCGACGAGGACUGCCUCUUCAUCAACGUCUUUGCGCCAUCCACCGCAACACCCAAAUCGAAUCUGCCAGUCUGGGUGUAUAUCCAAGGAGGCGGCUACAGCAGUAAUGCAAACGCGGACUACAACGGCACCGAGGUAGUCCGCGAAUCUGGGGCGAAUGUUAUCCUUGUAAAUUUCAACUACAGGGUCGGGGCGUUGGGGUUCCUCGCGAGCAAAGAGCUUGCUCGUGAUGGUGAUUUGAAUGCUGGACUGCUGGAUCAGCGAAAGGCACUGAAGUGGGUCAAGGAGCAUAUAUCUAAGUUUGGUGGAGAUCCCGACCACGUCGUCAUCCACGGCGCCUCCGCAGGCGCAGGUUCAGUCGCCUACCAUCUGGCUGCUUAUGGAGGUCAUGACGAGAGGCUGUUCGUCGGAGCAAUCGCACAAAGCCCCUACUGGCCAAACCAAAAAACAGUCGCAGAAGCCCAGGGAACCUACAACCAACUCAAGGCCGGCACGAACUGCUCCACACUGUCCUGUCUCCGGGCCGCAGACGCAGCCGUCCUGCAGUCCGCAUUGUCCAACCCGGAUGUGCCGGCUGGAGGGAGCAACGCGUUGUCCCUAGCACAAUUCUCGCCGGUCAUCGAUGGGGAUCUUAUCCGGGACCGGCUGUAUCGACUAUACGGGCAGGGCCGGUUCUUGCGGCUGCCGCUUAUCGUUGGAAGUGAUACGGACGAGGGCUCGAUCUUCGCGCCCAAUGCAUCUACCCCAGCGGAGGUGUCGCACUUCAUCAAUGCCCUUUACCCAGACCUAAAUCGUCGCCAACUUCAGCUAAUAAACAGCCACUACCCCAAACGCGCCCCUGUCCCCCUACACGCAGCGUACUUCCCCUCCGCCUCUGCAGCCUUGGGAGACGCUGCGUUGACAUGCCCAGGAAUAGAAAUGACAAGCAGGAUGACACACUCCUUCCACAGCAGGAAAUCCAAGGUCUGGAACUACCGGUACAACGUGCAAGACCCGACGCUGGUAGCGGCCGGCCGCGGGGUCCCGCACACGAUCGAAACGGAGGCGAUCUUCGGUCCAGAUUAUGGUUCGUUUACGACGCCGAGUAUCCGGACGACUAAUGCGGGGAUUGUGCCCGUAGUCAUGAAUUACUAUAUCAGUUUUGUGCGGACGUUGGACCCGAACACGUUGCGGGAUUCGACCGCGCCGGUUUGGCAACCCUGGGGUGCCGGCGGGAGACUUAGGAUACAGACCAACAUGACUGGGAUGGAGACGCUUUCGAGGGCAGAUCGAGAGAGGUGUGACAUGUGGAAGAGGUUGGCGCCGACGAUGGGUGUUUGA